AUGCCGCGGCAGAUCUGGUCGCAAAGGAUACUCAAGGCAAGUGUCUCAAGGGCGAAACAAGCAAGUGAGCCAAUAGCAGGAUUCCCCUCGACUGGCCUCAUUGCUCGAGCGUCCCAGCACACCGCCAUAACAGUCAGAUACUUACCACAGGUUCCAGGCUUGUCGCUUACCCCUCGUCUCUCUGCUCUACUCGUUCACUAUCAUUAUGUCCGUCAAGGCCAGUUGAGAGCUCGCUCUCCGGCCCGUGCUCGCUGCAAGUCGCUCGACACAAGUACGGACCUCCGUCAGGCACCAAGUUGGGCGGCGCAUCCGCUCUUGCCGCCACCGCUUGCCCUUCGCUCGCCGAUUGGGCUUACCGAACUCUCCAUCCUCCCCAUCUUAACCGCUGUCCCUGGCCGCAGGCUUGUCAUUGACUCAUUGCGGCAAGUCUCACUGAGCCUUGCGGAUGAGCUGAGCGCAGCAGCCUUGACUCGCCGCCAGCGUACGACUCGAUCGAAGAUGGGCGAAGUAGGCGGUGACUCCUCCGCCCUGAGCAUAGAGCUCCAAGACGCUGUCAUGACAAAAGUGAAGGAGCGUCAAAGGCUGUCCAUACAAGGCACCCGAGCUGCGGCCGAUGUGGGGCGUGAAACUCACGAUGACGCAUACAGUCAGGGCUGCGAUGAGCUGAGCCCCUCCAACGAAGAGACCGAUGAUGCGGCCAGGAGCAAGAGCGGCGUCCAUCAACACGAUGCCGUCAAGCAGGCAAAGCACGAAGAGGGCGUCACCGAGGCAAUGGAGGGGAUGGACUGCAAGGCUGAUCACGAAAAGAGGGACAAAAGCAUUGCAGUGGAUCAAGAGGGGAAGCAGAGGAAGAGACUCGAGGCUCAGCAAAUCGUUCUCGAUGCUCCGCACACUGACGCAGGGGAAGCUCACACGAACAUCGACGAUGACGAGACCAGUGGCCCUCACUCUUCUCGAGGCACCAACUCUCAGGACCACGUCGACGUCGCAAUCGAGGGCGACGCAUUCACGACCAAGCACCUCCAGGCCACUCAGCCCAGCACGCCCGUUGCAUCUCCCAUCGAGCAAUCCAAUGACCCUCUCCAACUCGCUGAGUGGUCAGUCAGUGCAGCCCUCGACGGGCUCAUCGCAGCUGCUGAGAUGGGCGAGAGCACGCCACAUGAAGCCCUCGAGACGGCAAGACACUAUGUGACGUGGGCACUGCAGGACAUCAUGGCUUUUCAGACGGCUCAGAGGGCCAUGAGUGGGGAGGAUACAACAAAGCGAUCCGCCGGUGUGCAGACAACGGGCGUGUCUAGCGAAGUCGAGUCCGCCGUGGCGACUCGCUCGAAGCCACUGAAUUCAGCAAGGAAGCGAAGUAGUUCUCUCAAUGAGCGGCCGGCAGCGAUGCAAAGGCUGCUUGCUCCUCAAAUGCGGCCUGCAGCCAACUUAACAAGCCAGCUCAAGCGGCCUCUGGCUCAUCCGCGUCUCAAGACUUUCGAUGUCUCUUCUUUCGGAUCCCAACAAUCCGCUCCUGCGUCGGCGGACCUUCAACAACCAGUACGUCCACUGCGCCCGUGCGCCCCACCAGGGGCGACUCCUGCCUCCUCUGGCAAGAGCAAGCCCUCGGCCUCCAAGGGCCCAGCUCCUCGACGUUCUACCGCAAAAUCUCCUUUUACACUCGGGCAACGAUCCUCAUCUCAGCAGGCGAAGCGGCUGAGCCCGAAGGAAGGUGCCGCGCUCGAGGUGAACCUUGCUCUGACGCAUCAUCCGCAAGUAUCCAUGGCCACGUCCCGUGCACAGCGCAAUGGGCCCCAUGCACUUUCCAGAAGCCAGUUGUUCUGCAUCACUGCCUCACAGCCGCACACCAAAAUUGCUGGAGGGCCGAGCAUUGACUUUACGCUUCGGCGUCCCCCACAUGAGCUGGAAGACAUUGGUUCCACUGGUGCGGCGCCUCAUGUUGAUCCGGCCAAGUGGGCCAAUAUAAGACUGCACCGAUUGUAG